AUGACGAUCAAUGGCUGGCAGUAUCUCAAAACGUCUAUCAACACAAAGACUGACUCGACCAAGGCUAUUGACCAUUCACUGCUACAACAACUUUUCACAAGCACAGACAUGGGCAGACUAACAGACGUCUUCCAAGACAAGACACGCAACGACCAAUCCUCAAGCUGGACCCAACUCUGGAACUCCAACGAAGAAUCCCUCUGGGACAGGGGCCAACCCUCGCCCGCCCUCGUAGAUUUCCUUGAGCAGCAUUCCGCAUACAUCCCUUCCUUACACUCUCAGCGCCGCCCUCGUGCCCUCAUACCAGCAUGUGGUCGCGGCUAUGACGUCGUGACGUUCGCACUGCAUGGAUUCGACGCGUAUGGACUGGAGGUUGCGCAGACGGCGGUGAAUGCGGGUGAGGAGUACGCGAGGUCCCAGAUGGGUGCUGAUGCUGAGGGUGGUGAUUCGAGGCAUUUUGGUAAGAGAGGGAAGAAGAAGGCUCAGGCGGAUGGAGUGGUAGGACAGACGAAGUUUGUGUUGGGGGAUUUCUUUGCGACGGAUUGGGAGGAGGGGUGUGGCGGUAGUGGUAAAGGAUUUGACGUUGUUUAUGAUUAUACUUUCUUGUGUGCGUUACUGCCCGAGAUGCGAGCUGAUUGGGCACGUCGAAUGUCUGAACUGCUGGCACCUGACGGCAUUCUAGUUUGUCUGGAGUUUCCGCUUUAUAAGGAUCCAGCUGCUCAAGGUCCACCAUAUGGUAUGAAAGGCGUAUAUUGGGACCUGCUGAGCAAGGGCGGUGAUGGAAUUGAUGGACAAAAGCACAGUCAGUCUCAUGGGGAAGCGGACGAGGUGAGAUCUGUACCCAGUGACGCCACAUGGGAACGAAUACUCUAUUACAAGCCGGAGAGAACGUUCAAAGUGGGAGAGGGUACUGAUAUGCUGAGUGUUUGGAGGAAGAUGGCUUCAUGA